UCUGGGCACGAGGCGGGCGGGCCGCGGGAUGAGGAUCAUGUGUAGUCCACGCGCCGAAACUAGGUUAGAGCGAACCGCGCAGCAGAGAGGAGCAGAGCGCAGAGCAGGCCUGGAGUUUCCCGCAAACAGAACGCACAUAGCGGAGGCGUGCUGUCACACACUUGCGGGUUACGGAUCCAUAUGAGGAGUCGUUGUUGUGACGGUUUCCAGCGGCUCCGGUGUGGAGCGAGUAAGUGCGCGUUGCUGUCACAGUUCCUUGGCUUCAUUUCCACGCGGACAUUUAUGACCCCAACAGUCGGUUAGACCCACGGCAGACAUGAGAGCUCAAAUAGAAGUCAUUCCCUGUAAAAUCUGUGGGGACAAAUCAUCAGGGAUUCACUAUGGUGUCAUCACCUGUGAAGGCUGCAAGGGUUUCUUUCGGCGCAGCCAGCAGAACAAUGCCAUGUACUCGUGCUCGCGACAGAGGAACUGCCUAAUCGACCGGACCAACCGUAACCGCUGUCAACACUGCAGGCUGCAGAAGUGUCUCGCUCUGGGCAUGAGCCGCGAUGCUGUAAAGUUUGGUCGAAUGUCCAAAAAGCAGCGUGACAGCCUGUACGCAGAGGUCCAGAAGCACCAGCAGUCCCAGGAGUGCGGAGGGAUUGGUUCCCGCGAGGAGAAGAGCGACACGGCUGACCAUGGCCGUACCUACAGGAGAGGCUCCAGCGCCACGCUCAGCGAUCUGGACGACAUCACAACGCUGCCGGAGGGGCUGCUUUUUGACCUGCCGCUGACCCCGGACGAUGGCGGAGGAGACUACUGUAACCUGGAUAUGAUGGGAGGAAGUGCAGGCAGCGGCUCCUCCUCGCAGAGCUCCCCAGAGCAGACCAGCUUGGACUUUGGUGACGGAAACCACAGCAUCAAGCAUGAGUACCAGCUGCUGCAUGACUCUGGACUCUUCUCACACGCCAUCUUCAACCCGCUGCCUGACGGCUGCUCCCUGCUCGAGAUAGAGCGCGUUGCCCAGAAUGUGGUCAAGUCCCACAUCGAGACGAACCAGUACACCUCGGAGGAGCUCAAGAGAAUGGCGUGGACCUUGUACAGCCCAGAAGAGACCCGCUCAUACCAGACCAAGUCAGCUGAGGCGAUUUGGCAACAGUGUGCCGUUCACAUCACCAAUGCAAUCCAGUAUGUGGUGGAGUUUGCUAAGCGCAUCUCUGGCUUCAUGGACCUCUGUCAGAAUGAUCAGAUUAUCCUCCUCAAAGCAGGCUGCAUGGACGUCCUGCUCAUCCGCAUGUGUCGGGCCUACAACCCCAUCAAUAAUACAAUGCUCUUUGAUGGAAAAUUCUCCACUCCUCAGCUUUUCAAAGCUCUUGGCUGUGACGACCUUGUGAAUGCGGUGUUUGACUUGGCUAAAAGCCUGAGCCGUAUACAGAUGUCUGACGAGGAGAUUGCUCUUUUCAGUGCUGCUGUGCUGCUCUCGCCAGACCGACCCUGGCUGACGGAUGUUCAGAAGAUCCAGAAGUUGCAGGAGAAGGUUUACGUGGCUCUGCAGCGCUGCUUACAGCGACAGGGAACAUCAGAGGAGAAACUGGCUAAGAUGGUGUCUAAGCUUCCCACGAUGAGGUCCAUUUGCAACCUUCACAUUGACAAACUGGAGUUUUUCCGUCUGGUUCACCCAGAGACGGCGUAUACGUUCCCUCCUCUGUAUAGGGAGGUUUUUGGCAGUGAACUCACGUUCCCAGACUCCACAGAGGGCUAGGGCUAUUUAGCUAAGUGCUGUGAGUCAUAUAGUGACACUGAGGUGCAGGGAGAGGAAGAUUCAAAUGUGGCAACCAGCUGAAGGAACACCAGCCAGCAGCUCAAUGACAAUCCUGCAUGCUACGCUUUAGCGCACACUCCUCUCACCUCUGGCUCUCACUGCUCUGCGAGCCAGUCCUUUAAACCUAACACGACAGGAAGUGCUGCUGGGUAAUCCAUGCACUUUACCUCCUUUUAGGGAGUUAAAGGAACUAUUCAAAAGUAGCCUACGCUCUUUGUAUUCUCAAAAUUAUUUUUCUAUAAGACCUUAAACCUCUCGUUAGGUUGAGUUCUUUUCUAAUAAAUUGGACUCUCGCCGCUCUCACAGUUCCUGUAAGCUAUUGUUGAAUGUACCCCCCGUUCCCUGAACCAUUCAGCACAGCCCUGCGCUUGAUAUAGAAUGUACAUACCUAAAAUCCUCACCUACUUUGUGGAGAUUUGCAGUAACGAUGCCUGUUUCCAUCGUCAGUCUAGUAACUGUUAAUUGUUUCUUUAAGUAUUUUUGGUAGCACCCAUAUUUUUUCAGUUUUCUAACAUAUGAACAAACUGUUUAAAGGGACCAUGAUCAAACUCUCGAGCAGACAGAGUUUUUAAACUGUGUGGGUCAUGGGCGAACAUUUAGCGUCUCUGUUGCCAAGCACUUGGAAAGUCUUGCACACGGAGUACAAAACUUAGCGUUUACGCUGAAAAUGUCGUAGGUAUUUUUAUGAGCACACCCUCAGACACUGACGUAAGUGAUCUCUCUAUUUUUUUUUAAUCUAAUCAGUGACCUCAGUCCUAUUACCUUUUCCCUUUGCGAAUGCCACUUAGAGAGACGCACACAGAGCUAUUGUGGGUCUUUCGGAGAGAGACAGGCUGUUGCUGAGAUGUAAAAAUGUAAACUAGCACUUACGAGUCCUCCUUAGAAUCAAAAAAUGACCUCUGGGCACGAGAUGUUACGGGUUCGCGCUCAUGCUAAACCAGUGAGAAACACUAAAUAAACCCUCCCGCUGCCCAGAGUCCAGCCCCCGAGAGGUUAUCGUGCCCCCCGGAGGAUCCCCUCCUUACCGUCGCCACCCACAGGUUCAAAAGACUCGGGAUUAAAGAAAGCUCUUGAAUGUGACAGUUAGUGUAUCACCACCAGUAUGGUUGGAGGUAGGUGGAUGGUGGUGUUAGAAGAUUUCCUUUCUGCUCAGGUCCUCGCCGCUGUGGGGUCAGGCAGGCGUUCUGAUCAGAGAAUUCACCCUUCUGUUUCUUGUUCUCCACUCCUUUACUACCUCACCCUUUUCAAACACUACAUGGCACAGCAAAGGGUUGACAGAGCCAUCAGCUACCCCCCUGAGUUAUUAUUUCUGCUUCGUAUUAGAAAUCAGCAAUUAGUGCUAAAAUCUGAACACCAGUGCUAACUGUUUCAAAAUGUACUGUGUUUUUGCUUAAAACUGGACAGGAUUUGAGUGCAAAUGACCUGCUGGAUGUGCUUGCCCUGAGGACAUCCUCUCCGAUUGUCAGAGCAACUCAUGCCCUUAGGUCCAGGAAGCCCGGGAUAGAUACAGAUCUAUCUUGAAUCCUGGAGACGCACUCUGCAGACAGAGGGUGCGUCUUCAUAGCUGGGGAAUGUAUUGGACUUGUGUAGAAACAAAGGAGCAUCCAUUCUGCCAAUAUCCUAAAAAGGCUGUGAAGAAAUUGUAAUUCUAAGUUCUAUUUCGAGCAUUUUUUAAGACAAUCACGCGACAGAUGUUGGAUGUCUGCUUUUGUGUAAAAAUGUAAGCCAGGUUUGCUCUGCACUGCUGGGACAGUGCUCUUCACCAUACACUAUAUUUUGUCAGCUAGUAUGAAGGGGGUGUUACUGUUGUCUUGGUACUUAAGACAGAGGCAUUGUGGGAUUGUGCAAUGUUGUCUUUCCCAUCGUUCUCAGUACAUUGAGCUGUUUUUUUGCCGUGUACUAUAGCUAAUAUUUUCAUAAGCACUUUGACUAAGUUGACCUUGCGGCACAGCAAGUAACGCUAUUUAUAAUGUAAUGUACCAAAUACACAGCCACCUUCUUUUCAGAUCGGCUGAAAAUGGCCGAACGGCAUUUAGAGAUUGUAACAAAGUGCAAUACUUUGUGCGUCGAGCCUGAAAACGCUAGACGCGCUAACUUCAUAAGAUUGAGUAUAUUUUGUGAGGUUGCAGGCCUAAAGUCUGUCCGGGGGGCAGUAGUUACGCUCUGCACUCGCAUUUCUGUUUAGAGUCACUCAGGGAGAUAGCUGGGCUCUCUGUCCUACAGUGUCUGCAGUCAGUCUAGCUAGCAAGACACCUUGCACCAACAUAGAAGACCUUUAAACCUUGAUCACUGUGUACAGUACAUGUUCUUGUGAAUGUUUGAUUACAGAAGUAUCAAAGAUUUUACCCCUGUCUAAUAUCAUUAUUGCAAAAUGUUUUUUUUUGAGUUGUAGAUUAAAUAGGAUAUAUAUAAAUAUAUAUAUCUACAUAUAAAUAUAAAAGAUGGAUUAUAAUCUCGGAUUCUUGUGUUGGUUUUGUUGUGAUCUUUCAUUUCUAAAUUUUUAUCCUUUUAUGUGCUUGUUUCUCAUCGGUUUAGUGUCCUUUUGUCUUGGAGAGAUGUAAUUCUAUUUUUUUUAAAGAGCGUUUUUAAACAUGUCGCCCUAAACUUUCUCUUUGUCAUGAUCCUUCUGUUUAUAUUUUCACUCUAUUUUAAGAUUAUAACUAUGAAAUCAAUAUAGAUUUUAAUAUGGAAUAAUUUAUGACAUGUCAUGAAUAUAAAGCCCUUUAGGGUUUAACACAGUGAAGUGUUAUUGCACAAUGGUGAUACUAUAUGUGGAUUUAAGAAUGUAAUAAAAGUGUUUUUGCAAUUAAAAA